GUUCUUAAUUUCAUUGGCUACUCACACGACAGUAGGCUAGGCUAGCCUACUAGUACCGGGAAAGCAUCUAUUUGCUCGAAAUUGCACUGAUUUCGGGAUAUCAAGCGGGACUGUUGAAUGUCCAUCUGUAGGCUAAAUGAGCUAUAUGUGGGGAAUGGGCGGUAGGCUAUUACACGAGCCUAUAGGCGACCUGUUUGACUAUAACCGCGUGUAGUUUUGUCAGAGCCAAAGCAGCCCUGGCAGUCAUCAGGCUGUAGAAUGAACAGUUCGUCGUGAACGUGACAGUAGCCUAUAGGCCUGAAGUGUUUUAUUUUAGUCAAAUGAAGAAGGAAAUCUCGCAGAAAGAUUAGGAAAUAGUUAUCUGCCACGCUGUAUGAUUUUGUUCUUUGUUAUUAUCUUGUUAUUAUCAAAUAUCGAUCCAGCAACCUGAAGGGUCUGACAACCAACGUGGGAUUAAAAUGUCAUAGCCUACAAGGCUUGUUAAACCUGUUGUCUGCAUCUGUCCUCUUCCGAACGUGGAACCCACGUCGAAUACAAACAAGUAGCCUAACGACAAAUAGCCUACAUUUGAUUGAACUCAAAUUUUACUGAGGGUAAAGUUCAGUUGACAGAGAUUGCAUUCUUCCACGCAAACAUUAUCUUCACAGAAACCGUAAGUUUGCCAUCCUUGUAAGGUUAACCUAUACAGAUCUAACUUACUCAAUUUUCAUCAUAAUUAAGGCGGGCACAUGUUGUUGGCUAUCAGUGUCAUUUUAUGGUGCUGGGGAUUGUUGAGCCGCAGACCGAUGCUGUGCCGCCAGGGCAUGCAGAAAGGCCGCUGUUGCGUCUUGUUCAGUGACCUGAAGGUUUUCCUGCUCAGGCCACCGACACCAUCGGAACCACCGCCAGCGCUCCCACUCAUGAGUACACUAAACACGGAGAGCCAUGUGACGGCCGGCACCGUGGAGAGGAACAACUCUUCAGCGGGGGCCACUGAGAGCACCAAUGGUUGUUUACAUAACCCAGCGGGUUGGACAGAGCCCCCGUCGUCAGGGGAAAAUGUAGGGACCAAGGAGGAAAUGGGAGGGGAGGAGUGGGAAAGCACAACGAUGGAGCUGCCAGGGACUCUGGAUUGCGGCAGCUCCUCUGAGGACAAUUCCAAAGAGAAGUAUGACGAGCGGACAUCCCUGAACAGCUGCACAGACAGUGGUGUAAGGUCUCCCUUGUGCCGGAUCUGUUUUCAGGGCCCUGAGCAGGGGGAGCUGCUGAGCCCAUGCCGCUGCAGUGGUUCAGUCCAGUGCACCCACGAGCCGUGCCUCAUCAAGUGGAUCAGCGAGAGGGGCUCCUGGAGCUGCGAGCUCUGCUCCUACAAGUACCAGGUCAUCGGCAUCAGCACCAAGAACCCACUGCAGUGGCAGACCAUCUCUCUGACGGUGAUUGAGAAGGUGCAGAUUGCGGCGGCUGUGCUGGGCACGCUCUUCCUGAUGGCCAGCAUCUCCUGGCUGGUGUGGUCCUCCCUCAGUCCCUCGGCCAAGUGGCAGCGGCAGGACCUGCUCUUCCAGAUCUGCUACGCCAUGUACGGCUUCAUGGACCUGGUGUGCAUCGCUCUGAUAGUCCAUGAGGGACCGUCUGUGUUCCGUAUUUUUAACCGCUGGCAGGCGGUCAACCAACAGUGGAAGGUACUCAACUAUGACAAGAUGAAGGACACGGACGAGCACCAGAAAGCAGGGGCCAGCCUGCGGACCUUAUCCUUCCCUGGCCCCCGCGGUUCUGGGCCAGUUCCGCCCAAUGGUCACCCCGGCUCGGCUGAGGGCUCCCCGUCCCUCUCCUCCCUUAUGGCUGCCACGGAGACGCCCACAGCGGUGCCCCUGGACAGCAACGACGGGGGGUUGGCGGUUGAGCCCGAGGUGCAGGACUCGUCAGAGCCAAGCGGAGGCGGCACCAAUCACUGUGCGUACAGCAUCCUGCAGCGGCUCAGCCUACAGCUCCGGACGCCGCCGCCCCGAGAGCAACCAGGCAGCAACCGCGAGCUGGUCAUGAGAGUGACCACAGUCUGAGGAGCGCAGCCGAGGCCUUAACCCAACAUGCCACUUCUCCCCCACAGGGGACCCACCUCGCCCGUCUCAACUCCUCGUCUUUUAUAUGAAGGGAUCAGUUUUACAUGAAUGCAGAAAAACAGAAUAAAAAAAAAUAAAAAACUUGACUGCCGUUUUCCCAGGUUUGAAAAAUGCUUGGGACACCUUGGGUAUCUUGGUUAGGUGUGUAGUUGGGGGAAAGGGGGUGAUUGAGCCUGAAAAGGGUGUUUUUUGAUUUUUUAUAAUAGGCCUGGAACUAUUGGUGUGGUCAGGUGAUGUGUGAGAAGGAAUUUUGUACAUUUCAGAUGUGAUGGGAGGUUGAAUAGCACACAUCUGUAGAGACACCUGAGAUAGAAACCUCUCUGCGCUCAUCCUGCCAGUGACUGCUGUUGCCACAGCGACUCCUGCAGGACAAAGAUUCAUGCUCGGUCUGUCCAUCAGCAGCUCAAGCACAAAACUACAGGACAAUCCAGGUACAACAAACACAGACACACCAACAUGUCAGAGGUCCUGUCUUUAUCUGUUAAACCCAGUACUGCUCAGGGUGCCAAGUGAAGGGUUCAAAUGAGUUUCUGAAGCGACAAAUUCAUGCACACAAUUUCAGGCAUGUAGCCCUCCCAGCAACCUACUGAACUAAUAACUAAACAGGCUCCCUGAAAAAAGAAUCUAUCUUUAAUGGCACAUGUAUUGUUUGUUGUCUUUAAUGGUUGAUUUGUACUUGAAUGAAAAAAAAAGUAUAUGUCCUUGUGUAGGCCAAAGACAUUCUAGUGACCUUGAUUGUUGCAGCUGGUUGUUGUGGGUUGUUGCAGGGGGAUCAUGAGUGGUGGCCUUUAGAAUGUUUUUUUUUUCAGGCCAAGUUGCCAUCAAAGUAACAAAAUGUGAUAUCACACUCCUGUCGGGCCAAAAGCACAGAAUCGGGACUCACAUCUGGGACUUCUUUUGGUUUUCUUCUUCUUUUGUAAUAUACGUGUAUAAAUGUAAAAAAAAAAAAAAAAAAUG